ACUCCCGGCCUGGGGCAGCCUGGGGAGGGACGCGGGCGGGGACGGAGCUCGGCGUGCUUGCUGCUGGAGGGUGAUGGCCCUGCAAGGCUGUGGGCUCCGACCUCACCCGGAGUCGGCAGCGAGAGGUUCGCAGAAGAGCGAGGUUCUGGGCGAGCGCUGAACGCCGGCCCCAAGCACGCCGGGUCUUUACACGGUCCGCGUCCACAGACUCUGACGAAGACGUGGAUCUGCUCUCGCUUUAGCUGCUCGCGGUCCUCCAGAUCAUGUCCACGACUCCUGCGACCCCGCGCGGAAAAAAAAGUUUGCCAGGCGUGGACUCCAUGACCUUUCCAAGCUGUGCGCCUCGCUGCCUGGACCGGGUCUGAGCGCGGCUGCCCAGGCUGACCUUUCUGCGGGAGGGCUUUCUCUACGUGCUGUUUUCUCACUGGAUUUUUGCCGGAGCCCCACGCCCUCCCGCCUCUGAUUCCUGGAAGAAAGGGGUGGUCCCCUCAGCCCCCCAGCAUCCCGGAAAAUGGGGAGCAAGGCUCUGCCAGCACCCAUCCCGCUCCAUCCGUCGCUGCAGCUCACCAAUUACUCCUUCCUGCAGGCCGUGAACACCUUCCCGGCCACGGUGGACCACCUGCAGGGCCUGUACGGUCUCAGCGCAGUACAGACCAUGCACAUGAACCACUGGACGCUGGGGUAUCCCAAUGUGCACGAGAUCACCCGCUCCACCAUCACGGAGAUGGCGGCGGCGCAGGGCCUCGUGGACGCGCGCUUCCCGUUCCCGGCCCUGCCUUUUACCACCCACCUAUUCCACCCCAAGCAGGGGGCCAUUGCCCACGUCCUCCCAGCCCUGCACAAGGACCGGCCCCGUUUUGACUUUGCCAAUUUGGCGGUGGCUGCCACGCAAGAGGAUCCGCCUAAGAUGGGAGACCUGACCAAACUGAGCCCAGGGCUGGGUAGCCCCAUCUCGGGCCUCAGUAAAUUGACUCCGGACAGAAAGCCCUCUCGAGGAAGGUUGCCGUCCAAAACGAAAAAAGAGUUUAUCUGCAAGUUUUGCGGCAGACACUUUACCAAAUCCUACAAUUUGCUCAUCCAUGAGAGGACCCACACGGACGAGAGGCCGUACACGUGUGACAUCUGCCACAAGGCCUUCCGGAGGCAAGAUCACCUGCGGGAUCACAGAUAUAUCCAUUCCAAAGAAAAACCCUUCAAAUGUCAGGAGUGUGGGAAAGGAUUUUGUCAGUCUAGAACUCUGGCAGUUCACAAAACUUUACACAUGCAGGAAUCUCCACACAAAUGUCCCACAUGUGGAAGAACCUUUAAUCAGAGAAGUAAUCUGAAAACUCACCUUCUCACCCAUACAGACAUCAAGCCCUACAGCUGCGAGCAGUGCGGCAAAGUGUUCAGGCGAAACUGUGAUCUGCGGCGGCACAGCCUGACUCACACCCCGCGGCAGGACUUCUAGAGAAGCCCAGGAUCUGUCCCCUGCCGCCGCUGCUUCCCUCCCCAGACACCUCUCCACGUCUCCUACCCGGGGGGUCGCAUCCCUAGCCCUUCACUGACCCCAGCUCUUCCCUUGCUGCAGCCGCACUGCAGCUCCAGGGAGUUAACUCUUCUUCUGGGGGACUGAGAACUGUAGAAAGCCACACACUACAUCCCUUCACAAAGAGUAUAUGCUAGUUUCUUGUAGAUAUUCACAGCUCAUUUUAGAGCUCUGUACAUAAUGUUGUGGGUCUUUGUUUUGUUGUUUUGUUUGUUUUUGGAUCUUGUUGGAUGCACCUAGAUAUGGAAAAUGGAAGCCAAAUUUUAUCUUUAAAGACUGUAUUUUCAAAAUAAAACUUUUUCUUGUUUGUUUCAA